AGUUUAAACAUAUCAGAAAAUGGAGAAACCAAAAUCUCCCAGGCCUUCAGUGGCUACACGGGGACGAGCAGGCAGUACGGUCGAGAUGAAGAAUAAAUCUCGUUUGGCAGCAUUGGCACCAGGCGAAAAUCUGAAAGAAAAACAGCUGAAGUUGAAGGAGGAGCGAGAGGCAAAGCGUUCACACAUCGAUGAACGACAUACAUAUAUCCUCCAGACAGUCGCCGAUGGCCUGGGACUGGAAUACAAUGAGGUGGAGGACUGUGUCCUUGAGGGAAAUCAGCUGACAAUAAUGGACCAAUUCCUACAACCAAAUGGAAUGUCACAGCUUCUGUUCUAUUAUCAAGAACCAGAGGAAAAGGAGAGUGCGUCUGUUGGAUUUCAGUUACAUCAUGCAGCCCCUGAACCCAAAGGCCACGUGGACUACCGUGUAGGGCCACCUCCAACCAAAGUCGCACGGUCCACCAAACCAAAGGUGUUCGUUACAAAUGGCCGUGACAUCCCCCUCCGCGGAGUUUGUCUGAUUUUUACGAAAGGUGGCUCCUCAGGCACGGCCAUCACCGAGCAAAACAUUUCCAAGGAGAUCAACUUUACAAGGUUGGACACUGUAUCAGCCGGAAAGAAUGGCAGCGGCCUACUCAAUGCUGUGGAACAUCUCCUGUCCAGUAUCUUUAUUCCGGCCCUUAAGAAAUUAAAUCAGGGUUGGGGAGAGCUUAGUAGCCCCUCAGGGGCCCAAGUCCGGACCGACUUUCUUAAUGCCCUCGACUCUUUUGUCACAGUACUGGUUGGUGCCCAGGAAAGUCUCGGACAGAAAGUGACGCUUAAGCCUUGUGAGACCUAUGACCUCUCAAAGAUCCAGACCCCUGCAGACUACCAGGCAGUGGCCAACAGCUCGGACUCUCUGGAAGGAAUAGAAAACUGUAUGAUGGUAUGGCUCAAACAGCUGGAGCAGGUCCUGGCUGAGAGUGAACAGAUGAGGAAAGAGGCUGAUGACAUUGGGCCACGUGCUGAACUUGACCACUGGAAAAAGAGGAUGUCACGCUUUAACUACCUUCUUGAUCAGAUCAAAGGACCCAAUGUCAAGGCCGUUCUGGGUGUCCUUCAUACCUCACAGUCCAAACUUAUCAAGAACUGGCAAGAACUAGAUAGGAGGAUUACCGACCUGGCCAAUGAGGCGAAGGAUAACGUCAAGUUUCUGUACACACUGGAGAAGUUCUGUGACCCCCUCUACAACAGCGACCCUGUGGGUAUGUUGGAAGGAAUUCCGGGGCUGAUCAAUGCUAUCCGUAUGAUCCACUCCAUCUCCCGAUACUACAACACAUCGGAAAGGAUGACCUCACUCUUUGUCAAGAUCACGAAUCAGAUGAUCACUGCGUGUAAGGCGUACAUCAACUGUAACAAGACGGAGACUGUCUGGACUCAGGAACAAGACGAUGUCGUCAAGAAACUGCGAGACUGCAUCAAACUGAAUGAAGAGUACCAACGCAGUUUCCACAAGACAAAGGAAAAGCUUGAGAAGAUGCCAAACGAAAGGCCAUUUGAGUUCUCAGAGAUGUACAUUUUUGGAAAGUUUGACACUUUCACUAGACGGCUGAAGAAAAUAAUUGAAAUCUUCGACACCAUUUCUCUGUACUCUCACCUGUCGGAGUCCAAGAUCGAAGGGAUUGAACAGAUGGCCAACAGGUUCACUGUUAUUGUCACUGCCAUGAAGAAAAAGCCGUAUGAUUUCCUGGAUCAGAGAAAGACAGAGUUUGAUAUGGACUAUGAUGAGUUCAAACGACAGGUGGCCGAACUCCAUGCCAACAUCAUGGGAUUCAUGGACGGCAAAUUUGAGAAGAUCAGUAAUACCGCUCGGUCAAUCGUCCAGCUGAGAAGGUUUGAGCGGCUUGAGCUGCCAAACUUGGGAAUUCCAGAGAAGUACCAAAGGAUCCUUGGUCAUUACGGCCGCGACAUCGAAAUGGUAUCCAAACUGUACCAGAAAAACAAAAAUGACCCACCCGUCGCCAGGGAUCUGCCUCCUAUAGCUGGUAAAAUAUCUUGGGCUCGUCAGCUGUAUCGCAGAAUCCUGGAGCCCAUGGAAGUAUUCCAGAAACAGACUAACCUUCUGGAAAGUAACGAGGCCAAGAAAAUCAUCAAGAACUACAACAAGUUGGCCAAGGUGUUGCUGGAGUUUGAGGUUCUGUACCACCGCGGCUGGCUAAGACAGGUUGAGACUGCUCGAUCAGGACUGCAGGCAUCGCUACUGGUGCGUCACCCAGAGACAGCAGAACUCUAUGUGAACUUUGACCCCCAAAUUCUGACGAUGAUUCGUGAAACUGAAUGUAUGGCACGUUUGGGACUGGAGAUUCCACUAUUGGCUCGUACCAUGAGGGCCAAACAGGCGGAGUUCAAGGAAAAUUACGAGGCCUUGCAGAUGAUGCUGCAGGAAAAUCAGAGAGUACGAAGCAAAAUUCCAACGGCAUUUGAGGCAUUGAUGGGACCACACACAGGGAAAGUAGACUCUACCAUCGACCCAGGCCUUAACACCCUGACAUGGACCUCCCUCAAUAUUAAGGAGUAUAUCAGUGAAGUCUAUAAUGACCUUCAGGCUCUCGAGUUACUCAUGGAUCGUGCACAUGAUGUGACAGAGUUCAGAAUCGAUGCUGUGCUCAAGGAGAUGGCCACUACCAACCUGUGUCAACUGCCUGAAGAAGAGCCCUGGACUGUCGAUCACUUCCUUGACAACACACAAAUGCUGUGUGCAAAGGGGGCACAACUCUUGCAGACAAAAUCCAUGGUGGUCGAGGAAGCAGCUAAUGAACUCAUAAAUAUGCUGUGUACAAUUGAAAUGGAGGAGGAAGAAAGUCCAGAAGAAGACACGGCUGGUCAGGAAGUAGACAUGGAUGAUGAUAGAGGCAGUCCUAGGGGAAGCCCCACUGCCUCUGCUCGGGAUCGCUCAGCGAGCAGACGGUCACGUCCAGUCUCAUCCAAAGCCAAUGCUGUAGCAAAAAAGAAGCGGGAAAUGAGAGAAAACAUCGAAGAGGCUGCCAACGAGUUAUUGGCUCACUUUAAUCACCGUAACCAAGAUGCCUUGUUAAAGGUGACACGGAAUACACUGGAGUCACUCAGGAAGAGGAUCACAUCCUCAUCCAUGGUCCAUUAUUUAGGUGAAUCCAGCAGUACUAAGGGUGACAAGAAAGACAGCCGUCCAUUUUACAAGACAUUUGCAACUCUGGCUAUUCCUAACAUUGUGAUGCAGCCAGCUCUAGAUGAGGUCCAGCAGGCAGUUAACAAAGCUGCACAAAAGAUCAUCCUGGUCUCAAAGGGUGUUGCUAAGUGGAGUGAAGAGCGUAAGCGUGUUACUAAACCACAGCAGGUUAGGUCUGGGUCGGCCAGUCGCCGAAACAGUGUGGUGAGUAACGCCCCAUCGGAGGGAUCACAUACCGCUAAAAAAGGCGAGGAGGAGGCACCGGCAGUGCAAAGCUACGUUAUACAACAGCAGGCCAAGAACUAUUAUAAGGCCGUGUCAGAGAACAAGGAAGUUUCAAAGCUUGUGUCCCUGCUCUCCACCGCCAUCAACUCUAACAAAAAGGAAGUGACGACCGCCCUAGACAGGUUCGCCGAGUAUCACCCGAUCUGGGAGGUGGACCGAGAUGAAGAUCUUGUGGAAUUCACCAAGGAAAAGCGAAGUCUAUCCGAGUAUGAAGCCAAGAUCAAACACUAUGAAGAGCAGGAGGUGAAAAUUGCCAAUCUGCCGGAGUACUACGACGUAGGGCCAAUCGCCUUGUAUACAGAGAACCUAAAACUGGGUCUGACCACAGAGACAAAAGCCUGGCGACUACAUUACGGAAAGGCUUGUAACACAAAAUACAUGACCGAGAUGGAGGAGAUCUUCAACUUUAUGGAGGAUGUGACCAAGAGGCUCUCUCGGCCACUGAAGGACCUGGACGACGUCAGGUUUACAAUGGCUGCCCUCAAAGACAUCCGAGAAAACGAGAUUAGGAUUGAUAUGAGCAUCUCACCUAUUGAGGAGUCGUAUGCCAUGCUGAUUAAACAUGAUCUCCCAGUAAACAAAGAAGAGAUGGAACGAUGCGACACGUUGCGAUAUUCAUGGGAAAAAAUCCAAGUCCAGCAGUCGGAGGUGCAGACACAACUGCUCGCUGUACAGCCUGACUUCAAGUCCGAGCUCAUCGAAAAUGUCAAAGAGUUCAAAGUCGACUGUGAUAAUUAUUUCGCAGACUACGAUAACAAUGGCCCCAUGGUGGCUGGUGUGCCCCCGCGUGAAGCCUCCGACAGACUGUUGAUAUUCCAGAACACAUUUGACAUGAUGUGGAAGAAGUUUGUCACUUACACUGGAGGUGAAGGCCUGUUUGGACUACCAGUCACGGACUCCCCACAGUUAAUCAAGAUCAAAAAGGAGCUUAACCUUCUCCAGAAGUUGUAUGGUCUUUACAACAACGUCCUGGAGACUGUCCAUGGUUACUACGACAUCCUGUGGACUGACAUCAACAUCGAAAAGAUCAACAAUGAACUGAUUGAGUUCCAGAACAAGUGCCGCAAGCUUCCACGAGCUCUCAAAGACUGGCCUGCAUUUGAAGAUCUGAAAAAGACGAUCGAUGAUUUCAAUGAGAUGGUGCCCCUGCUUGAGCUGAUGACCAACAAGGCCAUGAAGCCCCGCCAUUGGCAACGUAUGUCCGAUGUUACUGGGCACGUGUUUGACGUAGAGGGAGAUAAUUUCAUGCUGAAGAACAUCCUAGAGGCUCCACUCUUACAGUUUAAGGAAGAAAUUGAGGACAUUUGUAUCUCGGCUGUGAAAGAGAAGGACAUUGAAGCCAAACUCAAACAGGUCAUCAAUGACUGGAACAAUCAGGAAUUCACUUUCGGCCAGUUUAAGACGAGAGGAGAACUCCUACUCCGUGGUGACACGACAGGCGAAAUUGUCUCCCUUAUGGAAGACUCUCUAAUGGUCCUGAGUUCUCUGAUGAGCAACAGGUACAAUGUGCCGUUUAAGAAGCAGAUCCAGCUGUGGGUCCAGAAUCUGACCAACUCGUCUGAGAUCAUUGAGAACUGGAUGACUGUCCAGAAUCUGUGGGUUUACCUGGAGGCUGUGUUUGUUGGUGGUGACAUCGCCAAACAGCUACCAAAGGAAGCUAAAAGAUUCAGCAACAUCGACAAGUCCUGGAUUAAGAUAAUGACUCGAGCCCAUGAGACACCAAAUGUAGUCCAGUGUUGUGUGGGAGAUGAGACACUCAUGCAGCUUCUCCCUCAUCUACUGGAGCAGCUCGAGCUCUGUCAGAAAUCUCUUACUGGAUAUCUUGAGAAGAAGCGACUGCUGUUCCCACGUUUCUUCUUCGUAUCCGACCCUGCCCUGCUUGAGAUCUUGGGACAGGCUAGUGAUCCUCAUACCAUCCAGGCUCAUCUUCUCUCUGUGUUUGACAACAUCAAGUGUGUCAAGUUCCAUGAAAAGUUCUACGACAUCAUUCUAUCCAUCUUCUCCUCAGAGGGAGAAACGAUUGAUCUGGAGAAACAUGUGAAAGCUGAAGGUAAUGUGGAGGUGUGGCUCAUGAACCUGAUGAUGAUGGCUCAGAAGUCGCUCCACGGUGUCAUCCGAACAGCUGCCAUCGCUAUCCAGGACAACAACUUUCAACUCCUCGAAUUCCUGGAUAUGUUCCCUGCACAGGUCGGACUGCUCGGACUACAGAUGAUCUGGACUCGAGACUCCACAGAUGCUCUGACACAUGCUCGCUACGAUCGUAAGAUUAUGCAGCAGACAAACCAAGCCUUCCUUGAGCUACUGAACACCCUCAUUGAACAGACAACUCAUGACCUGAGCAAAGUGGAGAGGACGAAAUUUGAGACUCUCAUCACCAUCCACGUCCAUCAAAAGGACAUCUUUGAUGACUUGGUACGUUUGCACAUCAAGUCUCCGGCUGACUUUGAGUGGAUGAAGCAGUCACGGUUUUACUUCAUUGAAGACCAAGAUCGCUGCCUCAUUUCCAUCACCGACGUUGACUUCAUCUACCAAAACGAGUUCCUUGGUUGUACCGAGCGUCUUGUCAUCACCCCGCUCACUGACAGGUGUUACAUCACCCUGGCCCAGGCUCUGGGCAUGUCAAUGGGAGGUGCCCCAGCGGGACCGGCCGGAACUGGCAAGACUGAAACUACCAAGGACAUGGGUCGUUGUCUCGGAAAGUAUGUCGUCGUCUUCAACUGUUCUGAUCAGAUGGACUUCAGAGGUCUUGGCCGUAUCUACAAAGGUUUGGCUCAGUCAGGAUCCUGGGGAUGCUUUGAUGAGUUUAAUCGUAUUGAACUUCCUGUACUGUCUGUUGCGGCUCAACAGAUUGCCAUUGUACUCACAGCAAAGAAGGAAAGGAAGAAGAAUUUCAUCUUCACAGACGGAGACAAUGUAUCAUUGAACAUGGAAUUUGGAAUCUUUUUGACCAUGAACCCUGGUUAUGCUGGACGACAGGAGCUUCCUGAGAAUCUGAAGAUCAACUUCCGUACAGUAGCCAUGAUGGUUCCGGAUCGUCAGAUUAUCAUCCGUGUGAAACUUGCCAGUGUUGGUUUCAUUGAGAACAUUGUGUUAGCUCGUAAAUUCUUCACCCUGUACAAACUCUGUGAGGAACAGCUCACCAAACAAGUCCACUACGACUUCGGUCUGCGAAACAUCCUUUCCUGUUUGAGAACUCUGGGAACAGUGAAGCGUGCCAACCCGACCGAUCCAGAGUCUACCUGUGUCAUGCGAGUGCUGCGUGACAUGAAUCUAUCAAAACUCGUAGACCAGGACGAACCCCUGUUCUUGUCCCUCAUAGACGAUUUGUUCCCAGGUGUCACCCUUGACAAGGGAGGCUACCCAGAAUUGGAGGGUGCUAUUGAUCGGCAAAUAGAGGAAGCCAAGCUUGUCAAGCAUCCAUCAUGGAGACUUAAGCUGAUCCAGCUGUUCGAGACCCAGCGUGUACGUCACGGAAUGAUGACCCUCGGACCCAGUGGAACCGGCAAGACCUGCUGCAUUCACACUCUGAUGAAAGCCAUGUCAGAAUGUGGAGAACCCCACAAAGAGAUGAGAAUGAACCCAAAAGCUAUCACAGCCCCUCAGAUGUUUGGGCGUCUGGACGUGGCCACAAAUGAUUGGACUGAUGGAAUCUUCUCAACUCUCUGGCGACGUACCCUAAGAACGAAAAAAGGUGACCAUAUAUGGCUUGUUUUGGACGGUCCAGUCGAUGCCAUCUGGAUUGAGAACUUGAACUCUGUACUUGACGACAAUAAGACCUUGACCUUAGCCAACGGUGACCGUAUCCAGAUGUCGCCAACCUGCAAGAUUAUCUUUGAGCCCCACAACAUCGACAACGCAUCACCCGCCACUGUCUCCAGAAAUGGCAUGGUGUUCAUGAGUAGCUCAGGACUGGACUGGAGUCCUAUUCUUCAGGGAUGGCUGAACAACCGUUCUCUGGCCGAGCAGGGCAUCAUCAUGGACCUGUUUGAGCGCAGCUUCAAACAACUGUAUCAGUACAGUGUACAGAACUUUGAAUUCAAAAUGGAAGUAUUGGAGGCUUUUGUUAUAACACAGGCAACGAAGAUUAUGACAGGUCUUAUCCCGGUGAAAGAUGACAAGGACAGUAAUCAGAUCACAGCGGCCCACUACGAAAGGCUGUAUAUAUUCACACUCAUGUGGAGUAUUGGAGCCUUCCUAGAGUUGGACGAUCGUGCCAAGCUAGAGGAAUAUAUCCGCAACACUGAUGAAGUUACACUUGACCUCCCACCCUGCAGACACGAUUCGGAUGAAUCCAUGUUUGAUUUCUUUGUGAACAAUGAAGGCCAUUGGGAACACUGGGAAAAGAAGCUACAAGCUUACGACUAUCCGACUGACAGCACCCCCGAGUACAGUAGUAUUCUUGUCCCCAAUGUGGACAACGUGAGGACCGAGUACCUCAUCAGUAUCAUCGCCAAACAGGACAAGGCCAUUCUCCUCAUUGGAGAACAGGGUACUGCAAAAACCGUCAUGAUCAACGGCUUUAUGAGUCAUUACAAUCCGGAGUAUCACCUCGCACAGUCCCUCAACUUCUCCUCCGCUACCACUCCCUACAUGUUCCAGCGAACCAUUGAGAGCUACGUUGAGAAGAGGGUUGGUUCAACCUAUGGACCUACAGCAGGAAAGAAGAUGACCGUCUUCAUUGACGACGUCAACAUGCCUACAAUCAACGAAUGGGGAGACCAGGUCGGCAAUGAAAUCGUCCGGCAACUCUUUGAAAUGAAGGGAUUCUACAACCUAGAGAAACCUGGUGAUUUCACCAAUAUUGUUGAUGUACAGUUCAUGGCUGCCAUGAUUCAGCCUGGAGGAGGUCGUAACGACAUUCCUCAGCGUCUCAAGCGACAGUUUGUCAUUAUCAACUGUACCCUGCCCUCCAACUCAUCCAUCGACAAGAUUUUCAGUGUGAUCGGCUGUGGACAUUACGUCUCAGAACGAGGCUUCAAAGAGCCGGUCCGUGACAUGGUGAAGAAACUGGUGCCCAUCACUCGUCGCCUGUGGCAACUCACAAAGAUCAAGAUGUUGCCUACACCAGCCAAGUUCCAUUACAUCUUCAACUUGAGAGAUUUGUCCAGAAUCUGGCAGGGGAUGAUCAACACAACCGAACAGGUGGUCCAGGCCCCAGAGACUGUCCUUCAUCUCUGGAAACACGAAUGCUGCAGAGUCAUUGCUGACAGGUUUACGGGAGUAGAGGACUUCAACUGGUUUACAAAAACAAUGGGUCGCGUUGUCAGUGAAGAGCUCGGCGAAGCUUAUGGAACAUGUAUCGAUCCAACUCACUAUUUUGUUGACUUUCUAAGAGAUGCAGCUGAAGCCACGGGAGAUGAACCCGAUGAUGCUGACUUUGAGGCUCCUAAGGUCUAUGAAGCGAUUGAAAACUUUGAGCAGCUAGAGGAGCGUCUCCAGAUGUUCCUGGCCCAGUACAACGAGGGAAUCCGAGGCUCUGGCAUGGACCUAGUGUUCUUCAAAGAUGCCAUGACCCACUUGGUGAAGAUAUCCCGUAUCAUCCGUACACCGCGAGGCCAUGCCCUCCUGGUUGGUGUCGGUGGGUCUGGCAAACAGUCCCUUACCAGGCUGGCCUCUUUCAUCGCUGGCUAUAAGACAUUCCAAAUCACGCUGACUCGGUCAUAUAACGUGUCCAACUUACUUGAAGACCUGAAGUACUUGUACCGUACUGCUGGAGCUCAGGGCAAAGGUAUGACCUUCAUCUUCACCGACCAGGAGAUCAAGGAUGAGGGGUUCCUGGAAUACCUCAACAACGUCCUGUCCUCUGGUGUGGUGGCCAACCUGUUUGCUCGUGAUGAAAUGGAUGAGAUUUUGGGAGAGCUGAUCCCCAUUAUGAAGAAAGAGUUUCCUCGACGACCUCCCAGUAAUGAGAAUUUAUACGAUUACUAUUUGAUGCGUGUGCGAAUGAACUUGCACGUUGUGCUCUGCUUCUCACCGGUCGGAGAAAAGUUCCGAGCACGUUCUCUGAAGUUCCCUGGACUGAUUUCCGGAUGUACCAUGGACUGGUUCCAGCGCUGGCCGAGGGAUGCCCUCAUCUCUGUGGCUGACCACUUCCUGGCUGAGUUUAACAUUGAGUGUACGCCUGAGGUGAAGAAACAGAUCAUCCAGUGUAUGGGCCUCAUACACGAUGGAGUGGCGGAGAGCUGUGCCAGUUACUUCCAGAAAUAUCGACGCUCCACUCAUGUGACCCCCAAAUCUUACCUUUCCUUCAUCAACGGUUACAAGACCAUUUACACGGACCAGCGUAAUGAGAUUGGAGAGUUGGCUGACAGAAUGAACACAGGUCUGGAGAAACUGAUUGAGGCCUCACAGCAGGUAGCACAGCUUAGCGAGGAGCUGGCAGUCAAGGAGAAGGAACUGGCUAUUGCUUCAGAGAAGGCUGACAAAGUGUUGGCUACAGUGACGGUCAAAGCUCAGGCCGCUGAAAAGGUCAAGGCACAGGUGAAAAAAGUCAAAGACAAGGCACAGGCUAUUGUAGAUGCCAUUGAGCAGGACAAGGCAAUUGCUGAAGAGAAGUUGGAGAAGGCUCGGCCGGCUCUUGAGGAAGCUGAGGCUGCUCUUAAUACCAUCAAACCAGCUGACAUUGCUACAGUGAGGAAGCUUGGCAAACCUCCUCAUCUCAUUAUGAGGAUUAUGGACAAUGUGUUGCUUCUCUUCCAGAAGCGUAUCAACACGGUAGAACCUGAUCCAGAGAGACCAUGUGCCAAGCCGUCCUGGAGUGAAUCACUCAAGUUGAUGUCCGGUACAAACUUCCUCCAGACUCUUGUCAACUUUGACAAAGACAAGAUCAAUGAUGAGGUUAUUGAAUUAAUGCAGCCAUACCUACAGAUGGAGGAUUAUAACUUUGAGACAGCCAAGAGGGUUUGUGGUAAUGUUGCUGGGCUCUGCUCUUGGACAUUUGCCAUGGCUGCUUUCUUCUCCAUCAACAAAGAGGUCCUUCCACUCAAGGCUAAUCUUGCGAUCCAGGAAGCCAAGUUGAACGUUGCUAUGGGAGACUUGAACACCGCCCAGGCCCAGUUGGAUGAGAAGGAGGCUGAACUAGCUGAAGUCAUGGCCAUGUACGACGCCGCUAUGAAAGAGAAACAGAAAUUGGUGGACGACGCUGAGACGUGUCGUAGAAAGAUGAACGCCGCUACAGAACUGAUCAAUGGUCUGGCUGGAGAGAGGAAAAGAUGGACAGAACAGAGUCAAGAGUUUAAGGCACAGAUUGGCAGACUAGUCGGAGAUGUCCUUGUAUGUACAGCCUUCCUGUCCUACUCUGGACCAUUUAACCAAGACUACCGUUUGGUCCUCAACAAAAACUGGUUCAAGGAACUCAAGACAAGGAAGAUCCCUUUCACACUUAAUCUCAAUGUCAUAGACAUGCUUACAGACCCAACCACAGUCGGAGAAUGGAACCUUCAAGGCCUGCCUAAUGACGAAUUGUCCACACAGAACGGUAUCAUUGUGACAAAAGCAGCACGCUACCCUCUGUUGAUAGAUCCUCAGGGCCAGGGAAAGAACUGGAUCAAGUCUCGUGAGAGCAAGAAUGAGCUCCAGAUAACUGCACUCAACCACAAGUACUUCCGUACCCAUCUUGAAGACUCCAUGUCCUUGGGACGACCUCUACUGAUUGAAGACAUUGGGGAGGACCUUGACCCUGCCUUGGACAGUGUCCUUGAGAAGAACUUCAUCAAGGUCGGGUCAACACUGAAGGUGAAGGUCGGAGACAAAGAGUGUGACAUCAUGAAGGGUUUCACGCUUUAUCUUACAACAAAACUUGGCAACCCAUCAUACACACCAGAGGUCUCUGCUCGGUCGUCAAUCAUCGACUUCACUGUCACGAUGAAGGGACUGGAAGACCAGUUGUUGGGACGUGUCAUCCUUACAGAGAAGGCUGAGCUGGAAUCUGAGAGGGUGAAGCUGAUGGAGGAUGUACAAGCCAACAAGAAAAAGAUGAAGCAACUGGAAGACAACCUUCUAUACAGACUCACCAGUGUCAAGGGAUCCUUGGUGGAUGAUGAGGACUUGAUCAAUGUGCUGAACGUAACCAAGACAACCUCCAUUGAAGUCAGUCAGAAGCUUCAGACAGCAGCUGAAACAGAGAUCAAGAUCACCUCCGCUCGUGAAGAGUUCCGUCCGGUGGCCGCACGUGGCUCCAUUCUGUACUUCCUGAUAGUUGAGAUGGGACUGGUUAACUGUAUGUACCAGACGUCCCUCAAACAGUUCCUACACCUGUUUGACCUGUCCAUGGCCAGGUCCCAGAAGUCUCCCAUCACCCAGAAACGUAUCACCAACAUUAUUGAGUAUAUGACCUUUGAGGUGUUUAAGUACGCCUCCCGUGGGUUGUAUGAGACAGACAAGAACACAUUCACUCUGCUGCUCGCGCUCAAGAUUGAUCUGGCUGCUGGCAAAAUCAAGCAUGAGGAGUUCCUUACUCUCAUCAAAGGUGGUGCCUCCUUGGACAUGAAUGUGGUCACACCUAAGCCACAUAAAUGGGUGGUCGACCUCACCUGGCUCAAUCUCGUUGAGCUUAGUAACCUUCAUCAGUUCUCCGGUAUCUUGGAACAGGUGACUAGAAAUGAAAAACAGUGGCGUCACUGGUUUGACAAGGACGCACCUGAGGAAGAGAUCAUCCCCGACGGCUACAACAACACCCUAGAUGUAUUCCGACGACUGCUGCUUGUUCGCUCAUGGUGCCCUGAUCGAACCAUGGCUCAGGCACGAAAAUACAUUGCCGACACUCUUGGUGAUAAGUACGCUGAAGGCGUUAUCCUUGACCUUGAAAAGAUGUGGAUGGAAAGCACCUCCAGAACACCCCUGGUUUGCUUACUGUCCAUGGGCUCCGAUCCCACAACUCUCAUCGAAGCCCUCGCUAAGAAACACAAAAUUGAAUGCCAUGCCAUCUCCAUGGGGCAGGGUCAGGAAGUCCACGCCCGUCGCUUGUUGACCCAAGGGGUCCAGAACGGUGGCUGGCUCCUACUGCAGAACUGCCAUCUCAGUCUGGACUAUGUAUUGGAAGUCCUCGACCAGAUCAUAGAAAUUGAGAGCAUCAAUGAUGAGUUCAGAGUGUGGGUCACAACUGAAGUGCACGUCAAGUUCCCCAUCAACUUCCUACAGAUUGCCAUUAAAUUCACCAACGAGCCUCCGCAGGGUAUGAAGGCUGGUCUGAAACGUUCUUACGCAGGCAUGACACAGGACUUCAUUGAUAUCUCUAACAUGCCCCAAUGGAAACCCAUGCUGUAUGGUGUAUCCUUCCUCCACUCAGUCGUUCAAGAGCGCAGAAAGUUUGGUCCACUCGGCUGGAACAUUCCGUACGAGUUCAAUGCUGCCGACUACAAUGCUAGUGUUCAGUUUGUUCAGAAUCAUUUGGACGACAUGGAUCUGAAGAAGGGAGUGAAUUGGACAAAUGUACGUUACAUGUUUGGAGAGAUUCAGUACGGAGGUCGUGUAACCGACGACUAUGACAAACGUCUGCUCAACACAUUCUGCAAGGUGUGGUUCGGAGAGCAGAUGUUCCAGCCCAACUUUGUGUUUUACAAGGGAUAUGUCAUACCAAAAUGUAACAAGCAUGCAGAGUACCUAGAGUUCAUUUCAGGACUCCCGGCUACAGACACACCCGAGGUGUUUGGUCUCCAUGGCAACGCUGAUAUUACAUACCAGAGCCAGACAGCCAAGUCUGUCCUCGAUACGAUCCUCGAAAUCCAGCCCAAGGACAGUAGCGGCGGUGGUGGCGAGACACGUGAAUCUGUUGUUUACCGUCUCUGUGACGACAUGUUGGACAAACUCCCCAACGAUUAUGUACCCUAUGAGGUCAGGGGUCGUCUUCAGAAGAUGGGACCCUUCCAGCCAAUGAACAUUUUCCUGAGGCAAGAGAUUGAUCGCAUGCAGAAGGUCAUUGCUACGGUCCGCUUUACACUCAACGACCUCAAACUUGCCAUUGAUGGUACUAUCAUUAUGAGUGAGAACCUGCGUGAUGCCCUCGACUCCAUGUACGAUGCCAGGAUACCUAAAUUAUGGCAGAAGAUUUCCUGGGACUCCAGCACCCUUGGGUUCUGGUUUACUGAACUGAUCGACAGGAACACUCAAUUCCACACCUGGUGUUUCGAAGGUCGACCCAACACAUUCUGGAUGACUGGAUUCUUCAAUGCUCAAGGAUUCCUCACUGCUAUGAGACAGGAAGUGACUCGUGCUCACAAGGGCUGGGCCCUGGACAGUGUCAUCCUUCAUAAUGACGUAACUAGAUACAGCCGUGAUGACAUCACCACGCCACCGUCAGAAGGUGUAUACGUGUACGGACUGUUCCUAGAGGGCGCUGGUUGGGAACGAAGAGGUUGUCGCUUGAUUGAACCAAAGCCUAAAAUUCUGUUUGAAACAAUGCCGGUUAUCCACAUUUACGCCAUCAACAGCACAGGAGGGCAAGACAGCCGCAUGUACUCCUGUCCGAUCUACAAGAAACCCCGCAGAACUGACCUCACUUACAUCGCAGCUGUCAACCUCAAGACCAAUCAGAUUCCUGAUCACUGGAUCCUCCGUGGUGUUGCUUUGCUGUGUGAUACAAAGUAAACAUGCCCCAAAAGCAACAAAAUCAUGUAAAAACAUUUACAGCAAUGGAAAAACCAACAUCAAUAUUUCUUAAGAAUAAACUUUCUGACAAAUAUUUCUGUGAUAAUAAUGUACAUUUUGAGUACAAGACAGUGUCGUUUCAUUGUUACCAACAUGACUGCAGUUUGGCCUGCAGCAGAGGAAAUUGAAAGCAUCAGACAGUCUUGACUAAAACUCUGUAGCCCGCAGCAUAGGAAGCUGUUAGCAACAAUUAGUGAUGACUAGACGUCCGUAGUCUAUCUUAACGAAUUACUAGUAUUGUCAUAUAUAUAUUUCUCAUAGUUAUAAUAUAUUAGUAGACAACUCGGAAGAGAAAGGCCUACAAAUACUAAACCAAAGUAUCUAUAUUAGAUUAUACGACUUAGCUAACGCUUUUGAUACUUCAAAUCUUUUACAGUAUGUCCGUCCUAAAACCUUACUCGUGGUAUGUGUAUAUAUAUGCCUAUAGAUUCAGUAUUGUAUCUAUUUGAAGCCUUUAUGUCAUUAGUAGAUUUUUAUACAUUUUUUUUUAGUACAUAUUUGUCUUUUCAUUGAUUACCAUAAUGCAUUAAAGUAAAUAUCCGUCCCCGCCCCCCGCCCUAAAUGUGAUAAUUAUACAAAUACUUAUUUAUAGUCGUUUAAAUUAACAUGUUAGUCAAACAUUCCAAUGACAAUGAAGUGAUGUUUUAUGAUAUAAUGGAAUAUCUCACACUUCAAACACAAGCUUUCUGAAUAUGAUACAGGCAAUGCCAUAUGUAGAAUACCUCAAGUGCUCCCUGAGUUAAUUUUGCAUUUAAUUAAGUUAUUCUGUUAACCAAUUAAAUUUCUUGCAUUUUUUUUCUUUUCUCUUUUUUUUCUCUUGAAAACUAUUCUUGCAGGUGAUCUUAGAAUAUACUGGAUACUGAAAUUAGUAAUCAAAAUAUUCAUUUUCAAUUUUAAUAAUUAUCAUUUAUAUACAAGUAUAUACAUAUUAAAGGGAGAUUUGAAUCAUUAAGAGGUUUGUUCCAUUGAAAAUUAUUGUAAAAUUUAUCUCAUGAGAUUUUCUGUAAUCAAUAUAUUCCGUCCUAUUGUCUAAUUUCUUGUUUAUGGAGUCUCAUUUGAACAUUUUGAGGAGGCAGAGAUUUUUUUCUGUGAACACUAGAUGAUAAAAGAUUCAGUUGUGUAUAUAGUCUAACAGGAAAAAUCAGUAAAAAGUAACUUUUUGUCCAUGUUAUGAAAACUACAAUAAUUUAUUGAAUUAUAUACAUAGUGUAUACUGCUGAAGAAGCUAACAUUAUUUAUGCUAAGUUAUUCCAUUACUUGAAAUAUAUUUACUAAAAAUUAAAAUGAUUUAAUUACUGAAGAUCUAUGUAAUUUUGAAUUACAGGGAAAACCUUGUCUGUGAUAUACAUAUCAACAUGUGAUUGCUUACGUUUUUUCUUCAGACUGUACAAGUUACCUCCCCUUGUCCAUAGUCCCCUUCUGUGUAGUGAAGAAUAUAAGUAAUUCCUUGUUUAUCUAUAAUUAAAUACUUUCUCUAUGUUCAAUGUUAUUUAUAUACAAAUGCCAUUUUUUGGUAUCUUGGCUAUAGUUGUUUAAAAUUUGUUAGAAAAUAAAAAUAUUUCAUCAAACAAAA